AAGGUCUCUAUUUAUACCUUAAUCUUCUCAAAAUUAGAACCCUAUUUCCACGGAGCCUCAUAAUCAUGUUGGGUUCUCUCCUCACUCUUUCAAAAUUCAAGCUUCUGGGAUUUGAAGGUGAUUGGUUAUGGCAGCAGCUUGAAUCUCCAUGUCUUGGCGAACAUUUGAGCAUUGGCGUGCAACUAGGGUUCGCGGUAAUCUUGUUUGUUCAGUUUGUUCUGAAAUGUAUCGUUCAGAUAUCAGAUUAUCUCAGAGGAGGAAGAAAAAUAACCGAUCAAGCAUCGGAAAAUCGCCUGAUCGGCCGGAAUUUAAGUGGUUUUUACAAAGCGAGUGUAGCUUGCACCAUAUUCUUAUGUGCUGGCCAUGUUUUGAUGUUCUUCGCUCUGCUAUAUGGGAUUGGAUCUCGUUGCCGUACGGAAAGCUUUGUAUUUUCCUCCGAGAUUAUUCAAGUGGUUGCUUGGGGAGUUGCGGCGGUUGCAGUUUGUGGCAUCGUUCGCAACAAGUCUGUCAAGUAUCCUUGGCUGCUACGAGGAUGGUGGAUUUGCAGCUUCUUUUUAUCGAUCAUCCGUGUGGCUCUCUAUGAAAAAUUUGGUGAUGGAAGUCAAGUAAGAGCUUACACUUGCACCCAACUUGUUUUCCUUCUUCCAUUGAUUUUCCUGCUUGCGCUUUCGGUUUAUGGGAAGACUGGCAUAGUUUUCAUUGUUCAUAAUGGCUUGGCCGAUCCACUUCUCCAUGAAAAUUGCUCUGAUCAUGAGGAAGACAAGAGAGGCUCUGCUUACGAGAGGGCAACUCUUCUGCAACUCAUUGCCUUCUCAUGGCUCAAUCCCCUUUUCGCUUUGGGAUACAAGAGACGCCUCGAACACGAAGACAUACCAGAUGUUUGUAGAAAUGACUCUGCUAAGUUUGUAUCCAAUGCCUUCACGGAGAAGCUAGACUUCGUAAUGAAGAAGAAUGGAGGCGUAGAUGCAUCAAUCUAUAAGGCAAUUUAUUUGUUUUGCAGGAAGAAAGCAGCCAUUAACGCUGGUUUAGCAGUGUUAAGUGCUGCAUUAUCAUAUGUUGGACCAUAUCUUAUUGAUGACUUUGUAAAUUUCCUUACUGAGAAGAAGGGACGUAGCUUAUCAAGUGGAUAUCUUCUUGCACUUGCUUUUCUAAGUGCAAAGGUAAUUGAGACGAUUGCUCAAAGGCAAUGGAUUUUCGAGGCACGUCGACUUGGCAUUCACCUCAGGAGUGCUUUAGUUUCUCAUAUAUACAAGAAGGGUAUCCGUCUAUCUAGUCGAUCUCGCCAAAGUCAUACCAGUGGAGAGAUCAUAAACUACAUGAGUGUUGAUGUUGAAAGGAUCACAGACUUCGCUUGGUACUUGAACAUGAUAUGGAUGUUGCCAGUCCAAAUUUCAUUAGCUAUCUAUAUUUUACAUACAAAUCUGGGUAUGGGGUCAUUGGGUGCAAUGGCUACAACUUUAAUUAUCAUGUCGUGUAACGUACCUUUGACCAAUGUCCUGAAAGAUUACCAAAAGAAGAUCAUGGAGGCUAAGGACAAUAGGAUGAAAGCUACUUCAGAGGUUCUUAGAAAUAUGAAGAUACUCAAACUUCAAGCAUGGGAUCAUCAAUAUCUCCAAAAGAUAGAAAGUUUAAGAAAAGUGGAGCUUGAUUGGUUAUGGAAGUCGUCCAAAUUAACAGCAUUUACAGCUUUUCUCUUUUGGGGAUCACCUACUCUGAUCUCUCUUGUGACAUUUGGACUCUGUACCUUAUUGGGCAUAGAAUUGACUGCUGGAAAAGUCAUCUCUGCAUUGGCGACAUUCCAAAUGCUACAAGAUCCUAUAUUCAGUCUUCCCGACGUACUAUCUGCAUUUAUCCAGGGAAAAGUCUCAGUAGAUAGAGUCGCUUCCUUCCUCCAAGUAGAUGAAAUACAGCAGGAUGCCAUUAUUUAUGUUCCAAAAGAUCAGACAGAAUUUGAUAUAGAGAUAGAAAAUGGAAUAUUCAGCUGGGCCACAGAGUCCAUCAACCCAUCUCUUGAUCAAAUAAACUUGAAGGUGAAAAGGGGGAUGAAGGUGGCAAUUUGUGGGACUGUUGGAUCGGGGAAGUCCAGUCUGCUCUCAUGUAUUCUUGGUGAAAUAGAAAAGCUUUCUGGGACUGUGAAGAUCAGUGGUACAAAGGCUUAUGUUCCUCAGUCUCCUUGGAUACUGUCGGGGAAUAUCAAGGAGAAUAUUCUUUUUGGAAAUGAAUACGAAACUACCAAAUAUAACAGGACUAUUACUGCCUGUGCUUUGACGAAAGAUUUAGAGUUGUUUCCAUGUGGUGAUCUAACCGAAAUUGGAGAAAGAGGGAUAAAUAUGAGUGGGGGACAAAAGCAGCGGAUCCAAAUUGCUCGUGCUGUUUAUCAAGAUGCAGAUAUUUAUCUCCUUGAUGAUCCUUUUAGUGCUGUUGAUGCUCAUACAGGAACCCAACUUUUCAAGGACUGUCUGAUGGGUGCUCUCAAAGAGAAAACUAUAAUUUAUGUAACCCAUCAAGUUGAAUUUCUACCAGCAGCAGACCUCAUUCUGGUGAUGCAAAAUGGAAAAAUUGUGCAAGUUGGAGGAUUUGAAGAACUUCUGAAACAAAAUUUUGGAUUUGAAGCUUUAGUUGGGGCACAUAAUCAAGCUCUUGAGUCAAUUCUCUCUGUUGAACACUCAAGUAGAAUAUCUCAAGUUGAAAAACGUGAAAAAGAAUUAAAUGGAGAUUCUAUCACAAAUGCAGAUCCUCAGAACUCCAAAAUUGAACAAAAUAAUUCUACACAGCCGAUGAUGGAAAAAAAGGGAAAACUAAUACAAGAGGAAGAGAGAAAGAAAGGAAGCAUAGGAAAAGAAGUGUACCUAUCUUACAUGACCAGAAUAAAUGGAGGAAUUUUUGUCCCAAUCAUAGUCUUGGCACACACAUUGUUCCAAGCACUACAGAUUGCUAGUAAUUAUUGGAUGACAUGGGCUUGUCCAACUACAAGCGAGACAGAACCAAAAGUUGGGAUGAAUAUUAUGCUACUUGUAUAUUUUCUACUUGCUGUUGGAAGUUCACUAGGCUUGCUGCUGAGAUCAUUAUUAUUAGCGGUAAUUUCUUCGACACAACCCCAACUGGAAGAAUUCUUAACCGGGCAUCAGGUGAUCAAAGUAUUUUAGACUUAGCCAUGGCUGUAAAGCUAGGUUGGUGUGCAUUCUCAGUAAUUCGGUUGCUAGGGACCAUUGUAGUAAUGUCUCAAGUAGCAUGGGAAG